GAGCUUAACCUGGACAUCAGACGAAAAGAAGCUUAUCGCCGGGUUGGGGAAUGGUUCGAUUAGGAUAUUCGACACUGCCACAUGGCACCAGAUCGCCGAUCUGGAGGGUCAUGAAAGGCUUGUCUACUCCCUCACUUUAUUUCGGAACAACCGCCUCCUUGCGAGUACAUCUUGGGAUGAUACAGCACGUCUCUGGAAUCUCGACACGAACCUCCAAGUUGGACCACCUCUCCAACACGAACAAUACGUCAAUUGUGGGGCCUUUUCCGCUGAUGGAAAGCUGUUAUCCACAGGUGGUGAGGAUGAAAACGCGUACGUGUGGGACGUUCAAGCCAUCCUCAAAGCAGCUGGCCUAGAAGACCUUCUGUCUAUACCUAAUGCACAAAAAUCUGAACUGAAAAAGAAGGUAUGCAUCAUCUCAUGGCUUUUCAAGAAUGAAACACGCUAAUGUCCCACUCCCACAAGUUGUUAUCAAGUGCUAAUGCUACCCGACGUCCACCCAUCCGUCCAGUCCCCCGUCAAGUGCCAACAGGCUUUUUCGAUAACGUGCAAGAUCGUAAUCCUCCUUCUGUACAUCGCCGCCGCCGUGAUUUUGCACCCUCCUGGGGAUCACGUCCACUUGCGCUCCUCGCUCGCAUUCCCUCGCUCUUCCGCCGUUCCCGACCCAACGUCGAUGAACCAAUUGAACUUCAGCAACGCCCAGGGCCCCCAGGGCCAACUAACUCCUCUCAUUGCAGUCCUCAUGUCGUCGAUGUUGCCGCAGUGGUAGACAGGGAGGUCAUAUUUGUUGCUCGUCGGCCCGAGACUGCUAGUGAAAAGGCCAAGCGCAUUAGGAACCCAAAACCGUGGGUUCGCGUGGUGUUGUUUCUCUGCUGCGUGUCUCCUGGUACCGAUGACGGUCCUGGCACCAACGAGACACAUCGCGGAGCAUAGACAGAUACUUUUAUCGAGUGUAGUGUGAUGUUGCUUUUGCUACCAUAUUAUGACCAGAUAUUCAUUCG